CCAUUGAUGAGAAUACGUCAACAUUAUUACUCAGCAGAGGUUGGCUUCUGAACAAAAUCUUCAGUCAACCCGGAACUCCGAGUGCAAAUUUUAGACGCUGUUACAGAUCGCCCGUUCACUCCGAAUUAGCUAUUCAUGAGGCAAGACCACUUCCUACGUACUCCAAACUGAUUGAUGUAAUCUACUCAAGAAGCCAUGGAGAAACCUAGAUGCUCUCGAUGCGAAAAGUACUUCAGCAAAACGUCAUCCCUGGUUCGACACAUCAGAAACAGGAAAUGCGAGAAAGGGUCAGUCGUUAUUCGCCAGAAAUCCUGUCAGAAAUGUUCGGAUUCGAAAACGAAAUGUGAUUUACGGAAACCAACAUGCAGUCGUUGUUCGCUGAGAAGCCUCACCUGCCAAUACCCCGGUUCCGACGAUGCAAGCUCUAACAACUCCUCGGACCCCCGUGACGCUCCCCACUAUAGACCCCCAAUAGCGAGGACGGAUGUAGUGGGUUUGGAUGCUUCCACUCAAGCCACUCCUCUGGAUCAAUUGUCGGACGAUGCUUUGCUAUCCGCUAAUUCCAGAACGCCGACGCAAAGAGCAUCCGACAAUAACAUAUCCAACACGUUUGAUGUUGUGCGGGGAACAAUGCACGACUUCGAUGAUUUCUAUGUGUCGUGGAUAACCGGUACUUCCAUCCCAGACCCAACUUCCCAGCCGGAUCUCGCCUUGAUUCCAUCGACGGCGACCACGCCAGUUCUGGCCACCCACAGCAUGCAUACCUUGUUUCGUUGUCUGCGAACAUGGCCACGUAUGAUAGCGAAGGGCAUCUUCGCCCCGCCAAUUAUCCACGAUACAGUGACAUCCGAACGUCUUAUGCCAGCAUCUUUAGCCAGAUGCUAUACCUUGACCAAGAUGUGGGAUGGACAGUGUCCUGGAACAAGCUCCAUGGUACUAGAAGCUGUUAAAAAAGAAAUGCAAACUCUGAUCGAUACAUAUCAAUCCCUUACGGAAGACACUCUCGUCCCAGCUAUCCAAGCCCUCGUCAUUUACACCAUUCUUUUGCUCUUUCCUACCAAAUCCCAACGCUCUGUCUCGUUGCUCCCCGAGUCCCUGUUCCGUGAUCUCAGGAACAUUGUCUACCACACCAUCGGCACUGGUCUUACCUUACCAGAAGAAUACGCUCACGAGCGUCCUACCUGGUCGUCUUGGAUUCGCGUUUCAUCCAAACGUCGUGCGGUAUUCGCUUUGUAUCUGAUACACUGGGCUUACUCGGUUUACCAUUGCUUGCCGAGCUACGACUGUCAAGAUUUGGGUAUAAUGCCGGCGCCAGCGGCGAAGUAUCUUUGGCAUGCAACAAACCAGGAGGAAUGGGAAAAGCUCUACUUGAAGUGGCUAGUGAUAUGGGAUGGGAAGCAAUAUAUGCAAUGGGAGUACUUUACCAUUCAAUCUGGAGUGGGUCUGGAUGGACGAGCUCAGCUAUGGUUAGAAGACGCCGAUGAAUUUGGUAUCAUGUUCAUGGGCAUUGUCAAUGCUACUGAUAGAGAACCCAUAUUUGAAGUUGAGCAUCUGCCUUAAGGCAUUACGGAACAUUUUGGUCGAAAACAUAUCCACCUCCCACUCAUCUUUGUCUCUAUAUCAACAAGGUCAAGGUAUUGCCCAAUGAUAGCCUUCAUCGUACCCUCAAAUGUCGCAAACUUCCAACCAAAGCCUUAUCGGUGUCUCAAGAAUCGACUCUCCACUUCAUCGUUGGCAAUGUUCCACCUAGUGACUGUCAUGGGCCCAAACCACGAAGGAUUUGGUAAGCUGGUAACGCU